AUGUCUCUCCAAGGGUCCAUCAUAACAUCGCUCACGGCAUUCAAGAAAACCAUCAAAGAGUAUAAUGACAUGAUCCAGCAAAGUGGCGGUGGCGACGACAAACACCGUACGCGAUUGGAGAAGUUCAACGGCGAAUUGAACCAAUUCCAGCUGAAAUUCGACUCCUUACGCCAGCAAAGAGAGUCUAUCUUACAAGAAAACAACCAGCAAGAGCUCAUGGGCAGGCGGCAUGUGGCAGGAGGAUCUGAAAAUCCCUACGAUUCGGGAUCUCAGGGGUACGGCUAUGGCCAGAAUCAGCAACAGCAGACCUCCAACAUGUCUUACCUGGAAGGGUUAUAUAAAGAGAAACAGUCACUUUCCAGAGGAAGCCAGCAGCUUGACCAGAUCUUGGAAAUGGGCCAGAAUGCGUUUGAAGAUCUUGUGGAGCAGAACGAAACCUUGAAGAAAUUAGGUUCUAAGUUUUCUCUGAGUUUGGUUACAUUAGGUGUUUCGCAGGGCACUAUCCGUACCAUUGAAAAGAGAGCCAGACAAGACAAAUGGCUCUUUUGGGGAGGGGUGAUUAUUUUCUUUGUGCUCUGUUACUUCUUGGUCCGGUGGUUCCACUGA